AGCUCACAAGAAUCAGUCUGUCUGAGAAUCAGUCGGGUGUUAUGAAUCUAACGCUGAGUGGCAUGUUAUGAAGUGCAAUGUUCUGGCCGACUUCAAUCCUGGUCCUGCUGCACCUCACCCGGGGAAACAGCCCAUGUUUUGGCCGUUCUCUGGGGAUCAGCCCAUCCAGGACUCAGUUCUUCAAGCGGGAGAGUUUGACGUUAUGCUGCGGAGCUGAUGAGCGUAUAAUGACUAACUCUAAAUCAGCUUGCUCUCAGAAGAUCCAUGAAUGUAAUAUAAAACUGGCAGGAGUACAUCACAGCGGUUCUUACUGGUGUGACUCUAACUCUGGAGAACGAGGGGAAGCGGUCAACAUCACAGUGACUGAAGGGUCUGUGAUCCUAGAGAGUCCUGUGCACCCUGUACCAGAAGGAACUUCUGUUACACUUCGCUGCAAGUCCAGUAACCAGAGUGUUGUGACCCCAAUAAACCAGUCCUAUACCUUCUCCAGAGAUGGGCGGCUCAUUGGGGUCGGUUUGACGGGAGAGAUGAGUUUUGCUGCUGUCAACAGAUCUCAUGAAGGCCUCUACACGUGUACCUUCUCUGGUGUUGAGUCUCCAGGGAGCUGGCUGGCUGUCAGAGGUGAGCUCUGUUUGGUCUCCACAUGGUGAAGUUCUACAGUCACAUUAAAGGGGGACUAUGGUAGAACUUCUUUAUCAUUAAAUAAUUCAAAACAAUGGUUCUGAAAGUACCAUAAAACAAUGUGGGUUAAUAUGUCUUCUGUAGCAUGAUAUCAGCCCUGAACUUCUUUCAGCGGGCGUUCUGUUGAUUGGUCUUAUGAAUGCUUUUUAUUUUAUUUAGUUUUUUAGUUUUACUAGCAGGCAGCUAGGAUGAUAGUCAUUUCGUAAUGUCAUGACAUCUGGGGCUAGCUAGCCUAUAUGCCAUUGAUUAAUAUUUAUCGUGUAACCUAAUAACGGCUUAGUAUUAAUUUAAUAUUAGCUUGCUUCAAAUCAGUAGCCUGCUAUUGCAAUAUUAGCCUACCAUACACUAUAUAUAUGCUUUACCUUAAUAACAAAGGCCUUAUCAUUUGAAAGUGUAGCCUAUUGUUUGCUCUUGCUUUGGGUUUAGCAACGAUAACGGAGGUAGUUAAGAAUGGGGUUUCUUCUUGUGUGUUUAAACGUUUCACCUUUCUUAGAAAAUAAGUUAGUCAGAACCUGACUUCCUUCAUUUUGUCAUCUCUCCCUGUCUUUCUGCACCUUUCUCUUCUGAGAGACAGACUUCAAUUUAUUUAACUUUGACAUAUUGCCGCUCCUCCAUUCAGAUAAUAAUAUGCGUCUCACCCCAAGCAAGGUGAGAAUCGCGACCAUUUCACACUUUUUGAAAGGGGUGUUAUCAGAUUAGUCACAGCAGUCUUUAAUUUAACAAUA